AUGCUAUCCCCAAAACAACAACCACCCAGCCCCAGCCCCAGCCCCAGCCCCUCACCCAGCCCAGAGCCCGCAGACACCACCCAAACCAUACAAGACUUCAUCCCGCUCCCCGCCCCCGACCAGCUCCCGCCCAGCAACGCGCCCGCACCAACCGCAGGCGGCCGGCUCGUCGCGCUGUACGCCCUCUUCCCGGCCUCGGACGCCGAGCUGCUCGCCAUCGCGCGCACAUGCCACAGCGACCUCGUCGCGAACGGCCCGUGGGGCGGCGACGACGACGACGACGACGACAAUAACAACAACAACAACAACAACCGAGUGACCCGAAACAUCUUCCACCCCGCGCCGCAAGCCCUCCUCUUCCCCUCCGCGGACGACGCCGACGCCGACGCCGACGACGACGCUGAGGAACCACGCCGCAUCGCACACGUCGUCGCCGCACACCGCGCGAUGCUACGCCACUCGCCCGCGUGGUACUCGCGCCUCUUCGACGCAGAAACACUCGUCGUCGCACAGACGGCGGCGUGGCGCACGGCCGGGGUGACGGUGGUGACGCUGGAGCGGGGCGGGGCGUUGCGGGAGGUGGGCGACGGCGGGGCGGCGUACGUGCGGGGGUGGGACGGGUGGACGUUCCGGGCGGAGGCGGUGGGCGUGGUGGUGGUGAACCUGCAGACGGCGAACAUGGGGUGGGUCGAGUUCACGACGUGGGAGGACGUGCAGCCAGACGGGUUGGUGGGGGAGGUGGAUGGGAGGCGGGGGGAGGCGGUGGCGGGGAUGUUGGAGGGUGCGUGUGGGGAGGAGAGGAGGAGGUGGGCGGAGGGGUUGGUGGAGGAGGUGGAGGGGAGGGGGGGAUGA